AUGGUACCGUCGGGGUUUCUCGUCUCAUCUUUAGGACUUUGCUCCCUGACCCGAUUGACAUGGCUUAACUUGAGUGGAAACCGGAUCCAGGUUCAUCUUAUCUUAUAGACAAACUUUUCAGAGAAUUGAUGGGCUUUACAACAAUCUCUCUUUGAAACAUCUUGACCUUUCCGAAAACAAAAUAUCCGAGCUUGGAGACCUCUCAUCGUUGAGAAAACUCAAGGCACACUUGCAUUUUCUUGAUUUUUGUUUGCUUCCAGACUCUCCUCUUACACUGUAACGACAUAUCUUCUCUGGAUACAGCAUCACACUAUCUUCCAAGUCAAUUGUGCAUUUUAUCCCUCGCUGAAAACCAGUUGGACUCCUACGCACAGGUAAAAUAUACGCAAACUUUAGUGAAUUCAUCCCAGUUAGCUUAUUUAGCACACCUGGAGUCCCUUAUCCAGUUUUCAAUCCAAGGAAACCCAUGUGCACUCAAUGCGUAUCCUUUUCGAUAUUUAUCAAACGUGACCGUGGAUGCGCACCACAGACGCUCUAUGAUUUCAUUUUCUCGCAUAUCUUGUUAUCCGAAUGAUCACCUUUCCAUUAUAAUUAGUGGCAUAUUGGGAUAUUUUAGGUUGUUCGGACUCCAGUUUUGGUUGUUACAUUAAAUUCACAGUUUCGAUUAAUGUCCCCCUUACUGCCUAAUCCCCUAAAAUAAUUAUAAUUCCUGCACCAUCGCAUAAGACGCUUUUAAAAACCAUGCACAGAAAAUAUUGAAUUUGGCACACCGGUAUUUUGACCGGUUAUAGUUGUGUAAUAUAAAUUACUUCUGCACAUAUUCCCGGUUUUGACUUCAAUGAUUUUCGAAUAAUACAAAUCAGGCCCGAAUUUUCAGUUCUUUAACUUACCCUAUACAACCCUAUAGACAGACGAACCACCGAGCCUAUGUUUUGAGCUGGUUUCCCGGCCUACAAAUACUUGAUGGUGUGGAACCUUCCCAAGAAGAGAGGCAAGUCGGAUUUAAGUCUUUGGGUUUUUUUGCUAAAGAAUUUUUUCGGUCCAGUUACUGGUCUGUCGGUCUUUUGAGAUGCAGUUCUACAGUCGUUCUACAGAACCUGGCCCUUUUAAUUUUCCGAUUUUCCUUUCAGGCGUUUAGGGGAGUGGUUAUGGAAUAGCGGAGCUUCUCAAAGCUUUGGACCCACCGAUGAUGAUCGACUCUCCAACUACCUUCAAGAACUUGAUAGACAGGUAGAAUUUAUCUUCUGUUCUCCACAUUGAAAGGAUUAAUCACAGAGUGACGUGGGCCUCCUUCCUUGGUUUGCUUUUAGCCUUAUGACGAACGAAGUCGACCAUCAUGUACGCCCCCACGUGACUUUCACCACCACGCCUGGGAAAAUCAAGAAGUACAGGUCAGCGGCCACAACCAGCAGUUGUACGAUCCCGUCCACCAACAGUGGCCUUCGGGAACGCAAAAGCCUAUUAUCAGAGGUUGGCCUAUGAUCUCUCAUCAUUUUUACUGUUUUGGGCAACAGAUGUUCACACUAGAUCCUUUCCUCUUUUAAGCCAGAAAUACAGGAAGUUCGCGUAUGGGCGUAAGUUUUAACCAGUUUUUUUAGUCUAUAAAGCGUAAGUUGUUGCUGACUGAUGCUAAUACUGUUCUUCAUUUUCUUGCUGCUACCUUAGAUGGCGCCUGA